AUGUCUGAGCAAAUCACCAUUAACGUGAAAUCCAGUGGCGAUAAGAAGUUUGAGGUCAAGGUCGACACUUCGUCACUGAUUGCCGAUUUGAAGACGAUCAUCUCUGGCGAGGCCGAUGUGCCCCCGGAGCGCCAGAGAUUGGUGUAUAGUGGGAAAGUGCUUAAGGACGAGGAAACAGUGGCGUCAUACAAGAUCAAAGAUGGCCAUGCCAUACACAUGAUCAAGCUGGCCGCUCCAAAGAAGCCAGAAACUUCAACAAGUGAAACCGCCACCAGUCAAGGUGCCUCCAGCUCUUCUAGUGUCCCCUCCAACAUUGCCGCCGGUCAGGGAUCCUUCAACCCGUUGGCAGACUUGACGGGCGCUCGUUACGCUGGGUACACGCAGCUUCCACUGGCAUCGAUGUUCGGCCCCGACGGAGGUAUGGGGCUGUUGCCAGACCCCGACCAGAUGUCCGAGAUGAUGAGCAGCCCGAUGUUCCAAGAGCAGAUGAAUGCGUUGUUGCUGAAUCCUCAGAUGUUGGACUUCAUGAUCAACCAAAACCCGCAGUUGCGGGCCAUGGGACCCCAGGUGCGCACCAUGUUACAGUCGCCCAUGUUUAGAGAAAUGAUCUCCAAUCCAGAGACCAUGCGCAGCAUGAUGAACCUAAGAAACUUGCAAGGUGGUGCUGGCUUGGGCGGUGAUGCUGGUGCCAGUGCAUUCCCGGCUCCAGGUGCCAACCCUACUGUUGGUGACGACAACCAAAAUGCUGCUUCUAAUGAUACAUCUUCUGCUGGAGGUGCUGCCAGCGGAGCCAAUGCUGGAGGUGCUGCCAACCCAUUUGCAUCUCUUUUCCCCAACGGCGUGCCACCAAUUGAUCCACUCAGCUUCUUGGGCGGCGCCGGAGGAGCCGGAGGAGCUGGAGCUGCAGCCCCGCGUGACGAUAGACCCCCUGAGGAGCGUUACGAGACGCAAUUGAGGCAGCUCAACCAUAUGGGGUUCUUUGACUUUGACCAGAAUGUUGCUGCUCUAAGAAGAAGCGGUGGAAGCGUGCAGGGUGCUAUCGAAUACUUGUUGUCUGGUGGCAAUUAA